UUUUUUUUUUUAAAUACAAUCUAUAAAUGGAAGACGUUGUUAAACAGCCAGAUUUAUCAUGGUGGAAUGUAACUGAAGCAUCAAUAGCUAUUAUUUUUGCAGCUUUCAUUAGUUUAAUUUUAGGGCUAAAAUUGGAAUUUUCAUUAUUAAUAUCUGGUCUUCGAUGCAUUGUUCAAUUAUCUUUAACUGGUUUAAUAUUGAACGAUAUAUUAAGAACUCAAUAUAUGAGUAUUGUUAUAGGAAUGUCAAUUUUUUUAGUUCUUUUAGCCACAUAUGAAAUAGUUUGUAACAGAACAAAGAAAACAUUUAAAGGCAUGUUUCCUUUAAUGUUUGCUAUUUUAUUCUUCAGUAACUUGAUUGUCACCGUCAUUGGAUCAGUAUUUGUUAUGAAAGCUGAUCCCUUUUGGGAGCCUUCUAUUUUUAUUCCUGUUAUCGGUAUGCUUCUAGGAAAUUCAAUGAGUAGUGUAGCAAUGGCUGUAGAACGUUGCUUAGAUCAAUUUAGUAUACAUGCACCUAUACUGGAGACUAGAUUAUCCUAUGGAGCAUCACGAUAUGAAGCUUCUUUACCGCUGGCGGUAGAGACGAUUCGAAUUGCAUUAUUACCAGUUUUUACACAACUUAGUGUGAUGGGAAUGAUUAAUAUUCCUGGCAUGAUGACAGGCCAAAUUAUGGCAGGAAUGCCAAUUAUGCAAUCUGUUAUGUAUCAACAAUGUAUUAUGUUUAUGGUUGCAGCAAGUAGCGCAUUAGGCGUAGUGAUGUCGGUUGCAGUAAAGUAUUAUAGAUGAAUCUUUUGCAUAUAAUUUAUAUUUAUUAUUAAUAAUAAUAUCAUGUAGGCUUGUUUAUCCAUACUUAUCGA